GAAAGCGCAACCUAGCACCGUAGUUGGUGACAGUCACGAAUCCGCCCCCCGUCCUCCCUCUCUUUCGUUGAAUUUCUACGCCAUCAAAACGCACCUCUUUCUCCUUCAACUUCUUCUGCAGCAGCAAUGAACAGCGGACCAGGACUCUUCUCCGACAUCGGCAAGAAAGCCAAAGAUCUUCUGACGAGGGAUUACUUGUCGGAUCAGAAAUUUUCUGUUUCAACCACCAGUGCUACCGGAGUGACACUUACAUCCACUGCAACAAAGAAAGGUGGUCUGUCAACUGGAGAUGUGGGAGCAUUGUACAAAUACAGGAACACGUUAAUUGAUGUCAAAUUUGAUACCCAAUCAAAUAUUGCUACGACAUUAACUUUCACGGAGAUUGUGCCCUCAACAAAGACCAUUGCUUCAUUCAAGCUGCCUGAUUUUAAAUGUGGCAAGUUCGAGGUUCAGUACUUUCAUUACCAUGCUACUUUAACAUCAGCAGUUGCUUUGAAUCAAACCCCGACCAUCGUUCUUUCAGCUACAAUUGGCACUCCAACAUUUGCCAUUGGUGCAGAGGCAUGCUAUGAGACAUCUUCUAGCAAAUUGACCAAGUACACUGCUGGCAUCAGUGUUAACAAACCAGAUUCUAGUGCUUCCAUAGUCCUGGGUGACAAAGGGGACACGAUAAGGGCAUCAUAUAUUCACCAUUUUGAUCUAGUACAGAAGACUGCUGCUGUAGGGGAGAUUACCAGAAGGUUCUCGACAAAUGAGAACACCUUCACUGUUGGAGGGUCUUAUGCAGUUGAUGGUCUAACAGUGGUCAAGGCCAAGCUCAACAAUCAUGGGAAGCUAGGUACCCUCUUGCAGCAUGAGAUUAUUCCAAAAUCACUCGUGACCGUAUCCAGUGAGCUGGACACUAAAGCCUUGGACAAAACUCCCAGGUUCGGUUUGGCUCUUGCUCUUAAACCUUGAUCCAAAUUUUGUGCUAUGUGAUAUUAUGCUUACAAAUAUAUUAUAUUUCUAUUUUACCAUUUCUCUCCUUCGAUGGCUUUCAAGGGGAGCAUUGAAUC